AUGGCUCAUGGGUCAGAGAGAGAGCUUUCUGGCGAUGUGCAUCGCUCCCAGCCGCCUCUCCCGAGCCCGCAGCCGGCGGAGCCCGUACUAGCUGGCACACGACGGCAGCCCCGGAACGCCCCUCCAGCCCCACCUCUGCAUCCGCUGGCCCUCGACCCCCCUGCCCCACCCAGCGGCACCCGCGUCUCUGCCGCGCCCCCCUGCCUGGCGCCUGGAGCUGUGGUUGCUGGAAGGCGCUGCAGGAUCCGGGCAGCCCGCCCGCCGGCCGAGGGAGUUGCGGGGGCUGCGAGGAGGGCUCUGCCUUGCGCCUCGCUCCGCGCCUCCCGUGCGACGGCGGACGCCGACUCUCACCUGGAACAGCCGUUGAGAACCGAACAGAGCGUCUCGCUGCAGCAGAUGGCCUGCGGGCCGAGGCAAACCGGCGUGCUGGUGGGCACCGCCCCGCCUCGGGCGGCGACCGCGGUACCAGCUGUAGUUAACUCCCUGCGCGCCGGGGAGGCAGCAAGGGUCUCGGGUUCCAGCGGCGGCGGAGCUACGGGUGGGCAGGUAAACACGAAUGUGGACUGAAACACAGAAAGAUAAGAUGACACGUAGAGCACCAGUGAAACAACAUAACAAACUCUGGGACUGGAAGUUGGAAAACUGAGAACUAAUGGAGGAAAAUUAGCAACACAUUAUCAAAGCUGUUUAUUAUAACUUUGAUCAAAAUCAUCAGCUGACAAAGGGUCAACUUGCCUCAUAAAAGCAUUAAAUUAAAUAGUUCCAACAGCUAGAUAUUUUCACUAAUAGCUGCUAAAAAAUUCAGAUGUUAAAAAAACAACUCUUUAAAGACUAUUCACAUCUCCCUUCUUUACAAGAAGAAAAGAAGUGGGCAGGGGC